CUCUCGGUGGGAGCCCUUGCGCCACCCAGUUAACUGACGGGUGUUCUGAGGGAAAGGGAGCACGAUGGCUUCUACCAGCUGAGCAUUUUUGCUUCCCGCGCAGAGACGAGGACGAACGGAACUCUGGAGGUAUCUUGACCGGGGGGCGGAUUCUUGUCGCCUCAUCCAUCCUGAGAGAAGAUGUCUCCAGGGCACGGGGGCCGCAGCCACGGCCGCCACGAUGGUGACGACGACGCAGAGUGGAUGCAGCUGCUGAGGCCCAGCGAGUUUCGCGAGGUGCUCGAGAUCGACCGGGCCCGCCAGGACGUCGAGCGUCAGAUCAUACACUCCAACCAGGCCAAGCUUGCGGGCAGGUCGGAGGCGGAGAGGAGGGAAUGGACUACGAGUGGCUACGGAAUGGCAGGGGUCGGCGCCUCCGCCGCCCGCCGCCGACAAGAUGACGUGAUGUCCCACCUAUACUCCAAGGCAUCACGUGGAGGCCAAGACGAUCGUGAAGCUCCUCCCCGGUCCUGGAGAUGGAGAAAAGCUGGCCCAGCUCCCGUCGCAGAAGACACUGGACUUGGUUGCGGGCUUCCUGUCGGGACCUCUCAAGGGUUCGGCGUAGUGACGAUGCUGGUAACCGUCGGCUCCGUCGGCAUGUACCUGUACGAGACCACCUUCGACGAGAGAGACGACGGUAUGGGCGGGGGCGGCUGGUACAAGACCGGGCACGGCUACCCCUUCUGGUUUCUCAUCGUCGAGGUUUUCCUCACGGCCUUCUUCACGGUGGAGCUGGGACUAAGGGCGGUGAUGGCUGAUCACGACCGCAGCUUUUGGCUGUCAACGGCGAGAGGCGAGACGGUGGUAGACAUACUGUCGGUGGUGCCGUCGGUGCUGUUCGUGGCGUUCGACCUGCGACUGUGGGGUUUCUUGAGGUUUCUAAGACUGGUUCGCUGGGCCGACGUCGUGACCAUCUUCAACGGUCGGUGGAGGAUCCGGACCAACGAAAUGGCGGACAAGAAUACCGCAACUUCAGACGAAACAGCGGAAGGCGUGCUAGCACGGAAGCGCGAGUCUUUGACGUCAGGCCUCAAGUUGCUGGCGUUCGUGGGCCGAUACGUUCUCGUGUACGCCGGGUGUGUGUUGCUACUCAGCAGGGCGGAAGGCGACAUCGAGGAUAUCUCCGAAGCAGACCCCGAAGAUGCAAUUGACUUCACCUCAGCCCUAUACAUGGCUGCCACGAUGCUGUCGACGGUGGGAGAAGGGGUAUAUGGGCCCGUCCCCAUGUCCCGGGGUGCGCGCUUGGCGUCCGUUGUCGCCGUGCUGGUGUUCGUGCCCCUCGCGGCCAUCCGGGUGGCCGACGUGAUCAAGAACUCGAGCACUGCGCGCACCCCGGCCCGUGCCGUGUCCCUGCCUUCCUCCGUGCGCGAGAGGCAUGUGGUGAUGUGCGGGUCCGUCAACGCCACGAACCUGAAGGCCAGGCUCCAGGAGAUGUUCCACCUGGACCACGGGAACCACAACAUCCGCUGGGUUAGGGUGGUGGUGAUGUCUCCGAAGCCACCAGGCCCUCGCAUUGAUGCCCUCCUGGAGCACCCCCGCUACCGCGGCCGGGUCACCUACCUUCAGGGCUCUCCCCUACACGACGAUAGCCUGCUGAAGGCCCGCGUGGACGACGCCUCCGCUGUCAUGGUGCUUGCAGACAAAGCCCCCCCAAGCUCGCACGCGGAGGACAUGGGAUUGUCCCUGCAAGCGAUUUCGGUCAUGACUCACGUCGAGCUUGACCGUAGGCAGGGGUGCGGCCCGAGGCUGCUGGUGGAGUUGGUCGACCCCAACGCCGCGCUGCACCUUCAGGCUGCCGGCAUCAAGCACGUGGUGAGCAGCGCGCAGGUGAAGCUCAGCGUGCUGGCGCAGUCGUGCCUCUGCCCUGGGUGGGCCGCGGUUGUGGCCAACCUGCUGGAAUCUAGGGCCGCUCUCCCGGCGGAGGUUCUUCAGCAAGGGUCCUGGUUGGCUGAGUACUACGUCGGGGCCAAGAAGACCUUCUACAGCGUCGAGUUCUCUCCGGCCUUCACCGGGGUUCUUUUCGGGGAUGCCGUCGUGCACAUCUUUGAGUACUUCGAGCUGAUUCUGGUGGCGGUGGAGACGAAGCGCCUUGGACAGGCCGGGCUGGACGGCGAGUACAAUGUGGUCGUUAACCCCGGCGGGGACUACCGCAUCGGCAAGGGUGACCGGGGCUUCCUGCUCGCCGAAUCGCAGGCUGAUGCGCGGGUGAUCUGGGACUACAUGGCGGAGGACGGGAUGGGCGGUGCUAUCGACGAGGGUACCGGCCGCCUCAAGGAGCGCUUUAGCAGCCCCGAGGAAGAGGAGGCCCUUGCGAUGGAAACGCUCGGCACCGCGGGGGUAGCGGGCAUGGGCCCUGAGACAUUUGUGGACAGCAUGGUGUUCAGCCGAACUCUACUGCACUGCCAGAAGAAGCUUCCCGAUGGACGCUCCCCCGACAUCGGACUGCUGCUGGAGUGGGCCAGGCAGUUCCAGGCGUCGAACGGCAUGAGCGACAAGAAGGUGGUGAAGAAAGUGCUCGCGUCCGCGGGGCUCGAGCCGCCCGUCGCCACGGUCCCGGAGUCGGCAGGAUACGACGCCCUCGCCGCCGCGGUGCCCACCAGCAGAACCGCCACCAGCAAGAUUUUCGCCUCUGCUCUCGCCAAGAAGCCCAGCAACCAUCGAUGGGACAAGCAAGAGAUGCUGGGUCGCCCCGGUGGAAGUGUCACCGGCGAUGCUGCUUCUACCCUGGGUCCUUCCGGCAGGCGGCUUCGGAAGGCCGGAGCCCGCGGGGGUCCGGGCGCGCGCGAGAGGUUCUUGUCGGACGUCAUCGACGAGGAGGAUUUGAGCAUCGUCAGCCCCUUGCUUGGUCGAGACGAAGGAGGAGAUGAAGGUGGGACCGGAAGAGCCGGUAGAGGUGAAGGCGGCGGAGCUGAUGGCGAUAAGGGUGGCGUCGAUGGAGACGAAAGCAGAGCUGGUGGAGGUGAUGGAGGUGAAGAGGGAGCCCGAGGGGGCGGUGGAGAUGGAGAUGAAGGUCAAGCCGGCGGAGUUGAUGGAAACGAAGGUGGAGCCGGCAUAGCUGAUGGCAGUGAAGUUGUAGUCGGUGGAGAUGAAGGCACACCUGGUGGAGGUGAUGCGUAUAACGAAGGAGCCAGAGGUGAAGGUGAAGCCGGCGGAGCUGAAGGAAAAUUCCGUGGAGAUGAACGUGGAAUCAGUGGAGAUGAAGUCUUAGCCGGCGGAACUGAUGGAGAUGAAGGAACAUUCAGUGGAGAGGAAGGUAGAGCCGGUGGAGAUGAAGGAAGAGUCCGUAGAGAUAAACGUGGAAUCGAUGGAGACGAAAGUCGACCCGGCGGAGACGAAGGUGGAGCCGCUAGAGCCGAUGAAGAUAUAGAUGGAGCCGGUGAAGCCAGUGAAGAUGAAGGAAGAGCCCGUCGAGAUAAACUUGGAAUCGGUGGAGAUGAAGGUGAAGCCCGUGGAGCCAGUAAAGAUGCAGAUGGAGCCGGUGCAGCCAGUGAAGCCAAAGGUGGAGCCGGUGGAGAUGAAGGUGGAACCGGUGGAGGCAGUGAAGGUGAAGCCGGUGGCGCCGGCGACGAAGGGUCUGCGUUUGGCGGUUACGCAGUCGGCGUGGACCCUGCCAAGCCCGCCGAGCUCACGGACCACGCGCCUGUUCCUCUACCCUUAGAAUUCUCUGUUGACUGCCUCAGCAGGGCGUCGUCUGCUGGUUGUUCUUCUGCUCUGUCCGGUCCAGCGGUACCCGGCGAGGAAGUUGGGCAGGAAUGGGGGAACGGCAGCGAUGGCACGGAAGUUUUCGGCAACAAUGGAAAUGAUGUUGUCGGGGAUAGCAGGGCGAUUGACCCUACCCGGGAUGCGGAAGGAGCAAAAAUUGCAGCUAGCAGAGCAGUACCCUCCAUUGGAAUUCCGCCAUCUACCAGCUUAGAGCAGCAGCCGCAAGAACAACAAGGGGUUUGGCCUACUUCUUCUGGCAGUGCAUCAAACCGCGGCGGCGAUGGUGUCGGGGAAAAGGCUGGCAGCUUGACGGUUGAGGAGAUCAUGUCGGAGCUGAGGACCGUGGAGGUGUCAAGCCUCACAAGGGACGGUGCGUACGACCAUCUCGUGGCCCUCUGCUCGGCUGCUAACACGGCCCGGCUCCCCCCACGCCCGGAGUCCAGUGAAACGAUCAUCACUCCCACCACUCCCACCGCCGCCGCCGUUCCAACUGCGGCAACGAACGCGGUCAUGGACAACGCGCGCCUGGUUGCCGAGGCAGGGGACGGAGGUGGCACCGCCGCCGCCGCCGCCGCUGCUGCUGCCAGCCCUGCCGCUGCUGCAUCCACCGCGACAAUGGGGCUGCGUGCGAGUGUCACUGCUUGCCGUCGGAGAGUGUCCACAGCGAAGCACCUGGUUGGGCACGUCGUUGUGGUGGGCUUCCCUGCGAGGCCAUCGCACCUCGAGUGCUUCCUGCGGCCUCUCAAGGGCUGGACCGGGCGCGCCGGCAUGGGUGGAGGCCGGGAAGUCGGCGGUGGCUGCGUGCCUGUGGUGCUAGUCGCCGACGACGUGUCCGGGCUGGAAUCCGCCCUCGAGGUGGUCGAUAGGCAUGGCUAUGUGAACACCAGCGAGGUUUACCUCUUCGAGGGCUCGCCGGUCAGUCGAACGGAUCUGGAGAACGCCGGCGUGCGCACGGCCAAGGCUGUCCUCGUCAUGAAGGAUUCCAAGGAGAGGUGUGCUUACUGCAAGGACUUGGACUUGGUUGAAUUAUUCUCGUUCGCAUCACUGGCGGGUCCAUGUUCAGUUAACAACUCUUACAAUGCCGAGAGGCUGGUGUGUGCUAUAGCAAUACCGAUAUUCGCCAUACUGCUCAUCUCUCUUGUUCACGACUUUUUCUUGUCCCGUGCUCUCCCACCGCGAAGGACGGUGUUGGUGAACUGGGCGUGGGUGCGGAGGCGAUGGGCCCAACGACUAUUUGUAGCUGUUUCUCGGCUCUGGUAUCACUAUUUACCAAUACGGGUGCAUGUGGUGGUGGAGCUGGAAAGCUCAGCCAACGUCCGCUUCCUACACGCCCGCGCGGAAGCCAACAGUCUAAGCGCCAUCGCCGGCCUGGGCGGCGCCGGGUCGGGCGGCGCGGCCGACGAGGCUCACUACCUGUGGCCCAAGUUCGCCGCCGGGAUGACCUACAACUCGUCCUUCGUCGACUCUAUGUUCGGACAGGCGUUCUACCGCCCCUCUAGGGCCCUCUCCCUAUAG